CACUGCCAACACAGCACAGCACAGCAAAAGUGGUUCUCAUCGCUAGCGGAUACCCUUAUAUAUUCUUCAGCGGAGUCCACUCUUCCGUUGGGAGAGGUGUCUAUCAGACGCUUUUCUCUUUUUCCCUUCCCUGGCCCUCUUUCUAUUUAUCCAUGUAUCUCGCUCAGACGCUCGAUCAGAGUGCCUCGUCCGGCCUAGGCUGCCUUAUCAAACUACUACUACUAUCCUUGUCUUGUGAAACGAGCCCGAUAACCACGAAACUGUAAAGAUGAUGGUCCCCAGAGCAUUUCUGUUUAGCUCGGUGUCUUCGCCUUUGAAGGGAACUCGAAGCGAGAAGACCCCGGGAGUGCUAGGCCUUCCUGUUAUCGAGGGCCUCGAAUUGCCCUCCGACGCCGACAUAACUUCCUCGGUGAUCCCCUCCAGCCCCGUCGUCAUUCCUCCGAAACGGGGUCCUCGCAUGACCUCCGUACACUCGCAAGCGGCGAACAAAGGGCCCAGGACCCCACGGAAACCGAGAACCCUCACUCCCCAGUCCUCGUCGGGGACGCUGUCCGAUCGGCCGGUCCCCAGCUCCAUCGCAUCGAUCCUGGAAGCUACGGCGAUUCCCGUGCGUCGACGGGGUGUCAGCGGGCGGGAUUCUCGCCGGUUACCGCGGGGGAACCAUGUGCAGGACUUCAGCAAGCUGUUGUUGGACGGGGUGGCCGACAACCUGAUGGACAGCACGGGCAACACCGCACUGGAUCUCCUGCUGAGUCCGCCGGAUGACACGGAGAGAUCUACGAUUGGCAGCGACUGCGACAGCGAGGCGCCGUCGUUCUCAGCGUCUUCCAUCUCGAUCGCAUCCACCCCGUCUCUCGACCGGGAUCUGGACUCGCCGCCCAGCCUGCCUACGCCCCCGACCCCGUCCAGCCAGCGAAGCCCACUAGACCGUAGAUUCCUGCGAUCCCCGCCCUGCGAGAACUGCGCGUUCGACCACCCCCUCCUCGAGACGGAGGACUGCAGCUCCGAGGACGAAUUCGACAUGGAGUCGUUCCUGGCGGCCGCCACGGUGCCGGCGGCGACCAGCCCGACGCCAUCGCGAUCCUUCCCCCGCCUCGGGGCGACCUUCAAAUCGAAUCUGACCGCCUCGCUGCGGGCGAUCAAAUCGGCGGCGCAGACUGUCUCCACCUUCGCGACCCCGUCGGUGCAACCGGACGACUUCCUGACGCGGUCGAUGUUCACGAUCACGCCAGAGAUGACGGACGACCGACGGCCUCCGCCGAUGCACGAGCCGCCCUCGCCCGCGCUCCGCCGGUACUUGAACCCGAUCACGCUCUCCCCGGCUGAGAUGUACGCCUAUCAGGACUACCAUCCGCACGAGGAGACCCUGGACGCGAGCGCUAGCCCGGUGGUCUCCGUGCAGAUGCAGACCUACCGGCGCGCGGGUAGACGCGGCGGCCACCGCGCCAAGCAUCACCACCUCCCCAAACAGCCCCUCCUCCCCGUGUCCGACCCGGACUUCCCGCCGAUGACCCGGCCCCGGGAACCGCGGGAGAACAGCGACUUCCUGCGGAUGGUGGUGCUGGAGAUGAACAUGCGGCGCAGCGGCAAACUGCGGGACGAUGUGCCGACGCGCGCGCGCAUCUGGCUGCCUGCUCGGAAGGGGGUGCAUCAAGCCCAAGGGCGGGUGGUGCGCUACGAAUGCUACGACGAGGAGGAUGAGAAUGCGGUUCCGUCGCGAUGGGUGGGGAUAUCCGUUGAAAGCUUGUAAUUUUUUUGGGAAGUGUACAUAGCGCUUGCUUUUUUUGUUUCUUGGUGGGGAGUUGGAAAUCACGGGCAUACAUCGGCGUUUUUUUGGGGGAGUGGGACACUUGGCGCAUUGCUACUAUCAGUUCUAUACCUUAGCUAUACCUACACCUACACCUACACCUGCACACCCUACAUAUACAGACAGACAGACAGACAGAGAGAAAGACUUACAUUGCUAAACCUGCUUGCUUGC